AUGGCAGGUGACGAUGACUACGAUAUUUACGGUGACGAUGACUAUGCCUCCAUCGAGAUUGACCAGAAAAUCAAGAAUGAGGACGACUACCAAUCUCAUUCGAUUGAAACCGAAACGACCCGGAAUCCAGAGCCAGCCGUGGGCAAUAAACGCGGUCGAGAUGACUCGGAGGGCUACGAACAAAAACCUUUGCAGGGCAGUAGACCUAUGCAUGGCUCAAACGGUCCAGGUACAAACAUGAAUAUGGGCGGUGGCGCCAACGGCACCUUUAACGAUGGUUCAGAUGCUCUAUAUAUUGGAGAACUGCAAUGGUGGACAACCGACGAAGAUGUUCGCCAAGCUGCUCAUAAUAUUGGUGUCAUGAUUGAACACAAGGACAUCACGUUCUCAGAACAUAAAGUCAACGGCAAGAGUAAAGGCAUUUGCUAUGUUGAAUGCGGUUCUUAUGAGGCUGCAAAUACCCUGAAGAACUUUUUCGAUAACAAUGAGUUUCAAAACCGCCGAGCCGUCGCGACGUUCACUAGUUCGUCUCAUGGCAAUCCAUUCCGAACACUUCCAAAGGAUCCCCCCGGUCGAGGUGGAGGCGCUCCAAGGGGUGGUGGUAUGGGUGGAAAUAACCAGAUACCCACUGCUCCUAUUACCAAUAACGGCGGGUCUCAGGGUCGUGGCGGCGGCUUUGGUCGUGGCGGAAUGGGUGGCAACGCAGGCAACAUGGGGAUGAUGGGAAUGAAUAACCCUAUGAUGGGGAUGAAUCCCAUGAUGGGGAUGAUGGGUCGUGGCAUGGGCAACCCUAUGAUGAUGGGGAACAUGGGCAUGAUGGGCGGGAUGAACCAAGGUAUGGGUGGUAUGAUGGGUCGUGGAGGCGGACCUGGACGCGGAGGAUUCAACAAUAUGCGAGGUGGUGGCGGUGGUGGUGGUGGAAUGGGUGGUGGCCAGGGGCAUAUAAACCCUCAGUUCUUUAGUGGAGGUGGAGGGGGUGGGGGUAUGCAAGACGGACCUCGUGCCAAACGCCAUCGCAUGGACGAUAGCUAG